AUGGAUACGAACUCCGGUCAACCCGAACCAUCCUCUUCUAGAAGAACCCUCAGACUCGAAGACAUGUCACCUAUGGAGAUAAAGAAACGACAGGAAGCGGCCGCCCUUGUUCGAAAAGAGUUAGCUUCCAAAGGCAUUCCUCCUGACGCCGGCGAAAUUGACCACGCCAAGUUUACGAAGGGAACCACAGCUCUAGCUUUUGUUUUCAAAGAAGGGCUAAUGGUAGCUGUGGAUCAUUCAAGCACAUCAUCAGAGUUGUUGCCUCAGAACGUUGUUGCUCUUAAUUCUCACAUGCUUGCCACCAUUUCUGGCGGGAGCGAAUAUUUGCUCAAUGAUCUGCAGAAGAAGAAACCUGGCCUGUAUCGUGUGGAUGGUGAGGGAGCACAACUUAAACGACCAUUCUCCACCACUGGAUCUGGAACAGGAUUUGCUUUUGGUUCUCUGUGUGCCCUGUACCGUCCUGAUUUGACCGAAACCGAAGCUGUAUUUGUUGCUAAAAGGGCGCUUUGCCUUUCUUCUUAUCAAGCUCCUGAAAGACGUGAAUGUGUUGGUGGACGUGACGGGUGGUCUACAAAGGUCUCUGAUGAUGAUGUUGUAGAAGUUUAUACGCAGUUUGUGGCAGCAAGUCCAGUGUUGUCGAAGCUACCACUACGAAUGGUCCACAAAGUGCUUGUUUGGAAGAAAUGGGUAGCGUAUUCCCUGUCUUGCCAAGUUGCUGAGGAUGAUGGGAAGAGUAAAGGUUUCGGGUUGGUUCAGUCUGACUCUGAGGAUUCUGCUGUGGCAGCAGCUCUGAAUGAUGACCAAAUGAUUGAAUGUAAUCAAGCAUUCUCAAGCUUGCAAAAUAAGUAA